AUGGGAGACAACCAAUUCCAAAUGGGAAGAUCAAUUGGUGGCGGAUCCAAUGGAAUUGAUGCAACCGCACACCGCCCACGAGGUCUUCCCGCCGUUUCAUCAAAUGGCACUCACCCACUGCUCGCCCCUCACUCGCGGGGGUCCAUGUUCCCCGCUCUGUCUCCUUCCACUCCUCUUCAUCAAACGAUCCCCACCACUUCCGCAAAUCACCAGCAACUCAUCAAUGGUGAUCAACGGAAAGAAGCAAUUCUCCAAGAAAGAGCCGAUGCCGUCAAUAAAGCCCUUGCGGAUCUAGAUUUUCCCUUCGAAGAUCUCCACAGUGUCGCUCCAUUCGUGCCCCAAGAAGAGCUGCAACCAAUCUCCGAAUCAGUGGCCAAAGAUUUCCAAACGCUUUUCCCCGAUUUGCCCGAUUGGACACCAACCGAACCAGUCGCCUCAGCUGGAAGAAUGGCAAAAGUUGAUGAAGAUGGAGUGGAUGAGGAUGCGAAUCAAAAUGCAAUCUCUUUGUCCACUUUGAAACUU